CUCUGGUCAAAUUAGAAAAUAAUAAAAAACAAAUAAAAUAAAUAAAAUAAUUCUUUAAGAAAGUCUAAGUAGCAAGUGGCAGAGAUUGGACUACAAACCAGGUAUUUAUUUAUUUGCUAGGUUUUUGCCAUAGGGCAUGUGCACUUGCCAGAGAGAGACAGAGAAAGGGCAAGUUAGAAACCAGCCUCCUCUGGUGGGGAUGGCCACGCUGCAAUCGCUCCUCCUUUCUCCUUUGGGGAUUGUGGUGUCUGCGCCCAAUGUGAUGUUCAAGUACCGGGUCCUGACUCAGACUGUGUUUGGGCAUGAGGGAGUCCAGUGCCUUAACCACUGUGCCACUUGCUGGUCCCAACCUGGGUGUUUCUUUUAUCCCAAAGCCUAGCUGUACUUCUAAUUUGCAGAGCAAGCUGGUCCCAUUUGGGCAUCUGGGUUGGAGCAGAUUCAGGAACCCGGAGUUGUUGUAGGCCUGAGCUGUGCAUUUGGGAUUGACCUCCGGGCCAGGGCCGGGAUUAGGAAACUGCUGGACUUGCAAUUCACACGUACUGGGGCAUUCACACCCAUGCCGGACACCUCAGGGGGGAAAACAUUGAUUUUAACUGAUAAUACCUGGUGGUAAACAGGACCCUGAUCCCUGCUGUUGCAAUAAAGCUUGCCUUUGUUGACAUAAACUUGCCCUUCAGCUGCCCACUCCCCCAGAGACCUUGGGGUGGGAGACCGGCUGAGCUCUGCCCCCACCCAGUGUCUGCCAUCUGCCGGUGCCAGGAUGGGGCCCUAUGGAAAGGGGACAGUGGAAAGCGAGCUGUAGGAAGACUUAGCUGAAGUGGCCAAGCCGAGCCUGGCCAGUUUCCCAAGUGACCAGAGGCUUCCUCUGUCUCAGCCGCAGGUGCCAUGUCGGAGCCGGCGAGGGGUGCCCGCCAAGUCCCAUGCAGCCGCAGGUGUGGCCGCAGGGUGUGCCGCCGCCUUUUCGGGCCCGUGGACAGCGAGCAGCUGCGCCGAGACUGCGACGAGCUGAUGGCGGGCUGUGUCCAGGAGGCCCGGGAGCGGUGGAACUUCGACUUCGUCACGGAGACGCCGCUGGAGGGUGACUUCGCCUGGGAGCGCGUGCGGGGCCUCGGCCUGCCUAAGGUCUACUUGCCCGCAGGGUCCCGGGACAGCCAAGAUGACCUGGGAGGGGGCAAGUGGCCCAGCACCUCGUCUGCCCUGCCGCAGGCCACAGCCCAGGAUGACCACGUGGACCUGCUGCUGUCCUGCACCCUCGUGCCUUGCUCCUCUGAGCGGCGAGAGGAAUCCCUGGGGGGGCCUGGAGCCUCCCAGGGCCGGAAACGGCGGCAGACCAGCAUGACAGACUACUACCACUCCAAACGCAGGAGGAUCUUCUCCAAGAGGACGCCCUAGUCUGCUUCCUGCUCCGGCAACCGGCCGCCUGGCUCCUCCCUCCUCUUCUGCCUUGGUCCCUCAGUUCCUGCGUGUGUCUUAAUUAUUAUUUGUGUUUUAAUUUAAACUCCUCAUGUACAUACCCUGCCCACCCAACCCCCCCAGCCUCUGGCAUUAAGAUUAUUUAAAGAAAAAUAGGCAGUAGAACAGUAGGCUGGUCAGAGUGCUGGGUAUUUUUAUUAUAUGAAAUAUUAUUUAAAACCUUCUCAUCCUAUGAGGUCAGUUCUGGGUCUCCUGGAGGCAAGGCGGGACAGGCUUCAUGCCAGCUACUUCCUCCUCCACCCUCACCUACGGGGUGGGGCCCUCAGAGGGCUCCAGCUCCCUCUCUCACAAUCUCAUAGGAAUUACAAAAUUCCACCCAUGUGCUGGGUUCUCUGACCUGAACUCCUUAUCAUUUGAAAAGGAAACGGAUAGCACUUUGUGGGGGCCCCAGCAGAGGGGGAACAUGACUGCAAACUUCGGAGUCCCCUGACCUCUAAGACUGGGCAGGCUGACCUUGAAGUGGGCACAGCCUAGGACAGAGCUGGGGACCUGUACCCUCUUGGCUUUUGACACCCCACUGUGCCCUGUGAAGGCAGGGGGGAGGUAGGGUCUGGUAGCAAAGCAUCCCCAUGUCCUUCACACCCUCUGUGCCACCCAGUGGCUCCCCAGGCCCUGCUCUGCAGCCCAGCUGCCCCUCUUGUCCAGCUGAGCCCUCGAGUCCCCCUCUGCUACUUUCCCUUCCCCCAUGUCCUUUCCCUCUAGAACCCUCUCAGCCCUGGGUGGUGGCCCGGGGGUCCCUCUCCACCCCCCACCAAAUGGACUGGAAGGGGAAGGGACACACAAGAAGUAGGGCUCCCUAGUUCUACCUCAGGUAGCUUAAGAAGCAACCGCCUCCUCCUCUUAGCUCGGGGUGGAGGUCCUGGGUGGUCAGACCGGCCUCCUUGGUGGGGUUCUCUCUGUGAGGGGUGUGUGGUUGGGGGAGCGGAGCUUUCUAGGACAGAGACACCAGCCCCUGGGUAUCACCCAGUAGUCCUCCCCACCUGCCCCUUCCCUCCCAUCUCAUUGCACUUUGAGUAGCAGCCGAACCAAGAGUCCGGUGUUUGAAGACAGUAGUCGAGGCAGGGGCUAGGGCACGGUGAGUGGGCUGCGGUGGGACCCGGAGUAGGGGUGCUAUUUUCUGGCACUGAAUACCGAGCCCCUGGGAGCACCAAUGCACUCGGUGGGUGUAACCCAGCUGCUUUCCUGCUCCUGUGACAUCCUGCCCUGGACUGUUCUCUCUUGGCCCCCUGUGUGUCCUGGUUCCCCUCUUCCCACCUGGAGACUGUAAGCCUCUCAAGGGCAGGGACCAUGCCCUGGGUUGCUCUGUCCUUCAAAGCUCCUCCUACAGAGCUGAGUAUACAGCAGGUGCUCAAUAAAUACGUCUCAGUGACUUCACUUUUAA